AUGGUUCGAAAUAUAGAGUUAUCGGUAAUCAUCACUGUGUUUCUUAACUCUAUGUACGUAAUGCAUCAUUUGCUUUCUAAUAGUAAAAGUAUUUUAAAAGCACACGCUGAUAACAGGUAUGCAUUACCUAGAGGAAACGAGUUUAUGCUAAUAGUUGAUAUCAUUUUGGUAACAGCAAGAUGUUUAUACAGUAAUGACAUUCGCAUGCGUUUAUCUUGUAAAACUCCAUUUUGUUUUGUGUUAUCAAAUCAAAAUCUGCUCUACCAUAACUCCCUUAAAAUUACAGGUUGUAUAGACACAAAAUUUAACGGAUUCAUUUCUUCACAACCUGGAAGAAUUUCCUGUCCUAUUUCUUCUGUUCCUGACCACGGUAUUGUUACUGCAAGAAAUAAAAGUAAUUUUGCAAAAAUUAAAGCAUGCGGCCUGACGCAAAAUCACUAUUCAUUCUCCAUCGCCUUGCAAAGCGGAAAGAAGAAUAACAUUACUUAUAAAAGGUUCAUCAUGAAGUUUUUGGCAAUUCUCCUUUGUUUCCUUGUCGCUGCACUUGCUGUUCAUGCAGUAGAAGAAACACCAAAAGACGAUGUUGAAGACACCGACAUUGAAAAUGAACAAAUGACUGCAAACGACAGUGAAGCUGACGAAGAAAGCGAUGCUAGUGUUUAUGCCUACCGUGGAAACUACAGACGAUAUGUUGCACAUGGUCGACGAUAUGUUGGACAUGGUCGACGAUAUGUUGGACACGGACGUAGAUAUGUUGGACAUGGACGAAGAUAUGUUGGAUAUGGUAAAGGUUAUGGCCGUGGCGUAAGAUACGGACAUGGGAAAUAUGGACGCAAGGCCUACGGAGAUGCGUCAUACAAAGGUAGUUAUACGUACGGUGGACGCCGAUAUGGUGGACACGGGCGAAGAUAUGUUGGACAUGGUCGACGAUAUGUUGGACAUGGACGAAGAUAUGUUGGACACGGUCGACGAUAUGUUGGACAUGGCCGACGAUAUGGUGGAUACGGUAAAGGUUAUGGCCGUGGCGUAAGUUACGGAUAUGGAAAAUAUGGACACAAGGCUUACGGAGAUGCAUCAUACAAAGGUGGUUACACGUAUGGUGGACGUCGAUAUGGUGGACACGGACGAAGAUAUGUUGGACAUGGUCGACGAUAUGGUGGACAUGGGCGAAGAUAUGUUGGACACGGACGUAGAUAUGUUGGGCAUGGACGAAGAUAUGUUGGAUAUGGUAAAGGAUAUGGCCGUGGCGUAAGUUACGGACAUGGAAAAUAUGGACGCAAGGUUUACGGAGAUGCAUCAUACAAAGGUGGUUAUACGUACGGUGGACGUCGAUAUGGUGGACACGGGCGAAGAUAUGUUGUACAUGGUCGACGAUAUGUUGGACAUGGACGAAGAUUUGUUGGACACGGACGUAGAUAUGUUGGACAUGGACGAAGAUAUGUUGGACAUGGACGAAGAUAUGGUGGAUAUGGUAAAGGAUAUGGCCGUGGCGUAAGUUACGGACAUGGAAAAUAUGGACGCAAGGUUUACGGAGAUGCAUCAUACAAAGGUGGCUAUACGUACGGUGGACUUCGAUACGGUGGACACGGGCGAAGAUAUGUUGGACAUGGUCGAAGAUAUGUUGGACAUGGUCGACGAUAUGGUGGUCACGGACGUAGAUAUGUUGGAUAUGGUAACCGAUAUGGUAAUCGUGGAUAUGGAUACGGUGGUCGUGGUUACCGCUAUGGUCAUAAGGUCUAUGGAGAUGAGCAAUAAAUUGAUUUAAAAGAAAUAGCUUAAUUUGGUGUUAGAAAAAUAUAUCAUAUUCAUUUUACCUUUACAGUUUCUUUUUAUUAUUGGGACUUAAAUAAGUUCUCCCUGGCUGUAACCAU